GUCACUUCCGCCGCCGAGAAAACAUGGCGGCCGCCAGUCCCAGCGAGACGGUCCCUAAAGAUGUAGUAGUUAAGACCGAGCCUGAAGACGAGGAUGUCGUGCUUUUCAGUGCGGAGUACGUGCCGGUUAAGCGGGACCCCAUCGUGCCUCUCAUGUCGCCGGUGAGCGGGGUGCAGCCGCUUGCCUGGUCGCAGGAUCACCGCCUGGCCGUGUGCACCUCCAGCUCCCUGGCGCUGGUGGAGAUGGUGUGCGAUGUCCGAAGCAGUAAACAGGAGAUGCUGCUGCACAGGACCUCCAUCCCCGUCCCGACCGAAGUGUACAAACUGCGGGUGGGACCAUCAGCGGAACUAGCCCAAGCAAUGGAAAAGUUCUCUACCCAUCCGGACCCCAAAGUGAGGCAGCUCUUCUUGGCCGACCGAGUGAUCAACCCAGCAGUAGGCGUACACAAAGGAAUUAAGUAUGCAAGUUGGUCUCCGUUAGGCUGUGACUCUAGUGGACGGUGUCUGCUCGCUUGCCUAACUCUGGACCACAGACUCACCGUUCACAACAGCCACAAGCACCUCGAGUGGAACAUGCUGGUCGAUCUCACCAAAAAAUACAGUGAGAGGCUAAAGGAGAUCGGCUACGCCAAAAAAGACAAUAAGCCACCGCAGGGAAACCUGCUGGACUUUGAUGAGCUGCAGCGGCGUUUCCACAUGCAGACGCCUUUGAGAAUGGAGUGGUCAAGCAUUUACACGAUUAAACACGUGCAGUCGGACAACACAUGCGUAGACAUGGAGAUGGUGCUCCUCGCUGUCUUGAUGGAAAACGGUGACCUUGUUUUGUGGAAGUUCAUCUUGCCCUUUACAAACGGGGACGAUGUCGUGUUUUAUGACAUCAUUGAAUCAGGUGUGAGCAGGCCGAGUGACUUGGCGUGGUGGGAGUACGAAAACGCCGAUCGCCGGAUGAGCGGCUUGAUCGUCGGCAGUGCUGUGGGACCCGUCAAGAUUGUGCCGGUCAGCCUUUCGGGAGUGAAGGGUUACUUCACUCUCCGACACCCCGUCAUCCUUUGGAAGGAGUGCGACGAAAUUGCUGUUGAAAACAUCAAAUGCGUCCCGAUGAUCCACCCGAUCCACAAAUCCAGCUGCAGCCUCAUCGUUGCGUCACGCGGCUGCUACGUCUUUUGGUGUUUGCUCAUGAUUUCUCCAGCUGGACUAAAUGUACACAACUCCCACGUGGCAGGGCUGCAUUCGCUUCCUGUGGUGUCGCUAGCGGUCAGCCACCACGGGGUUGCCGUGUACACGUGUUCCACAGACGGGUGGAUCAAAAAGUUGACGCCAACGUUUACUGAGAAUACUUUGAUUUUCAAAAAAGAGGACAUGUUGCAACCUGAGAAAUUCACAGGAAGAAGGAUACAUGGGAUUGCGGUGAGCCACAAUGGAGCAUACAUUGCACUUGUCAGCACACAGGGAAUGGUCGGCACCUAUCAUCCAGUGAACAGGACUUAUCAGGUUCACUUUGUGACACUGAAAACACCGGAAACAGCGGCGGCACUUCUGCUCAAGUCCCCCAUCCAGAACCUGUAUAAGCUGGCCGACCUGCUUGACCUCGUGAGGUGGCAAAUCCUGAAAAACAAGUGCAUCCCCGCAUCUCUGCAGGAAGCGAUCGAUCAGAAGAUCCAGGAGGUCGACUCGCCCUACCUGUGGCGCUUCAAGCUGUUUUUGGUGCGCACGUUGCACCAGUCACUGCAGCAGCCGCAUACAGAGUACAGCUGGAAACCCACACACGAAGAGAACAAGGUGCUCAUAAGGGACGAGGACCGAGAGGCCGAAGACCAGGCUGAAAAGGGAGAAGGCGAGGCUGGGGGGCCAAAGCUCGAGAAGGAGGAGAAUCGGGAGGAGCAGAGGGCGGAGGUGCAGGCUUGGAUCAGUGCUGUGGAGGCACAUCUGAUGAGAGAAAACAUGAAGAAGGUGUUGGGGGUGGUGUACCUCAACACAUGGAUUGCACAGAACACCAGUAUACCCACCUGUGGCCUGAUGGAGUACCUGUCUAGAGACACUAACGACAGAGCGUCAGAGGUCCUGAUUGGCCACAUCAAGAAUAAGCUGAACAAGCAGACGUUCUCAGAGCGCUGCAGCAUGUGUCAGGCCGUGCUGCCCUUCACAGACCACAAACAAGCCACCUGUGAGAACGGACACAUGUGGCUCAGGUGUGUGUUGUCAUACCAGGCCUGCCAGACGCUGACGUUCAGACGCUGCCUCCUGCUGGAUAGCGUCGCCAGACUGCCAGAGCCUGAGGAUCCAGAGUGGAUCAGGAAGAUACUGCAGGCGCCCUGCACGUUCUGUGACUCGCCGAUGAUCUAGAGCUGAAUGAUCAGAGGAACCUCAGGGCUCUGACGCCAGGUCCAAUUUUGUCAAACAUCACUGCCACUGUCUUUUUUUUCUCUUUUUAUUUUUUUUAUUUUUUUAUUUCGUAUAGUUCGUUCAAGUUUCUAUUACUUAAUGCUGCCGUGUUAAAAAGUGCAAAUAAAAAGUGUUUGAUUAUUCA